GACACACAAAACCUCUGUCAAAUCCACUACCCCCGGCUGUGUAUAGACGUAAGCUACCAUGAGAACGAAAGCACUUGUCGUCAACAGUCCCGGCGGCGAGUUUGUUUAUCGCGAUGUGGAAGUCAACGACGACAUUCGUGAUACCGAGGUACUUGUCCAAAUCGUAGCAACUGGAAUUUGUCACACCGACAUCAAUUUUAGCCAACAUGAUAUUGACGGAAUGUUUCCAGCUAUUUUGGGACAUGAAGGAGCUGGAAUAAUCUCCAAGGCGGGAUCAAAAGUCACCAAUCUUGAAGUCGGAGAUUGCGUCAUUCUCAGUUACACUAGUUGUGGAGAGUGCAAGUAUUGUGUGAGAAAGCAGACGAGCUUUUGUGGUGAUUGGGAGCUCGAUAAUUUCGGAAUAGGCAGAGGUGAGGAUGGGAGUAAAGCUUAUGAAAUCCCAUCUGAAGAAGAAGAGGGCGGGUCGGAAAUCACAAGUCACUUUUUCGGCCAGAGUAGUUUCUCCAACUUUGCGGUGGCUAAUGCCAGAUGUUGUAUUAGAGUUGGAGGGCCUGGAAGUGAUGUGGAUCUCUCGUCACUCGCACCACUAGGUUGUGGUAUAAUGACGGGUGCUGGUGCAAUUCUCAACGUUCUCAAACCAUCCUCAGACGAUAUUGUAUGCAUUAUUGGAGCAGGUGCCGUUGGGUUGGCGGCUAUAAUGGCGCUUAAUCUUCUAGAAAAAAAGCCAAAACAGGUCAUUGCAAUUGAUAUGCUGGACGAAAGGUUAAAAUUGGCUAAAACAUAUGGAGCAACACACGUCAUCAAACCAACCAAAGAAAGAAGCUUACAAAGUACCUUGAAACGAAUGACGAAUUUUGAGGGCAUUGAUAUUUCAAUCGACACCACUGGUAAACCAGAAGUUGUUGCAGAAUUGUUGGAGGCAACAGCGAAAUUGGGAACGGUAUGCAGUUUAGGGGUUGGAAAGCUUGAUGCCGAUGUGUCGAUAAACAUGUUUAAUGCGGUCAACAGUGGGCGAAAAUAUGUAGGCUGCUGUAUGGGAAAUUCAUACCCACCUGAAUUCCUUCCAAAACUUAUCCAGGGCUGGAAAGACGGCAAAUUUCCAUUCACGGAUCUAAUUACGAAGUACGAUGCCAAAGAUAUGGAGAAGGCCAAAGCAGAUAUCUUGAGCGGAGAGGCUGUGAAAGCAGUCCUUAUUUGGGAAUCUCCCAAUGAGUAAAUAAGGCGACACUGGAAUCAUGUUUGGCCAUGACUCAAAUCUUAUUUGAAGGUACUAAAAUAAUAUGUACAAGAGUGCUUCUUAAUAGAAAUUACA